CUGCCCAUUACCAAGAUGGCGCCCGGCCGGGCCCCGCCCCGUUUCCGGCAGAUCCCGGAAGGGGCGGGGCCCGCGGAGCAGGAGCGGGGGAAGAUGGCGGACAGCGCGAAGGGGCGGCCGGCGGCCGCGGGGAAGGCGCUGACGGCCGAGCAGGUCGUGGCCCGGUUCAACCGCCUGCGGCAGGAGCAGCGCGGCCUGGCCUCCAAGGCGGCCGAGCUGGAGCUGGAGCUGAACGAGCACAGCCUGGUCAUCGAGACGCUGCGGGAGGUGGAUCCCACGCGGAAGUGUUACCGCAUGGUGGGCGGCAUCCUGGUGGAGCGGACGGUCAAGGAGGUGCUGCCGGCCCUGGAGAACAACAAGGAGCAGAUCAGCAAAAUCAUCGAGACGCUGAACCAGCAGCUGCAGGCGAAGGGCCGGGAGCUGAACGAGUUUCGGGAGAAGCACAACAUCCGGCUGGUGGGCGAGGAGGACCCCAAGCAGCCCCCCAAGGAGGGCGCCGAGGGGGCUGGGGCCAAGGGCAGCUCGGCCGGCGUCCUGGUCUCCUAGCCCCCCCCACCCCACAUCCCCCCCCCCCUUGGUAUUUACUGCUGCUCCUGUCCUGGGUUUGUUAAAUAAAUGUCUUUUUUUUUUUC